UCUUCCUGACAUCUUCUUGACACUCUUUUCAGAGAGAGGUAGACCGUCAUCACCUGAAUCAGUAGCAUCAGUUGAUGAAUACAUGGCGCUUUCACCAGACUCACCCAUACCUGAUUUUUGGCCGUCAUUACCUGAAUCUAUUCCAUAUUUUAUUGGAUACAGAUCAACUUCACCUGAGUCAAUGUGCUCAGAUAUGGAAUGUGGGACUCUGCCCUUAAUGUCGUUAUUCUAUGAAGAUAGACCCCGAUCACUAACAUCAGUAUGGUCAGACAAUGAAUGUGAGCUUUCUGAUAUUUUUUCAACAAUCUUCUCAGAUAAAGAUAGGCCUUCAUCUGAAGCUUUUGCCUUUUGGCAGAGACCAGACUCACCGGAGUCAAUAGCAUCUGUAGAUGAAUACAGGGCACUGUCACCUGAUUCACCCAUACCUGAGUUUAGACAAGACUUACCUGAAUCUGUUACAUAUUCUAUUGGAUAUAGAUCCUCAUCACCUGAAUCAGUGACUUCAGAUAUUGAAUAUGACCUUUUCAUUUCUGAGGUAUUCUUUAUUGAAUCAAGACCAGACUCACCUGAGUCAAUCGUGUCAGAUACAGAGGAAAGACCCCUAUCACCUGAGUCUUUAUCAGAGUAUUGCCCCAUGUCACCUGAAUCAGUCAUGCUACUGACAAACGUCAGAUCAUCUUCUCCUGAAUCUACAGCAUCAGUGGAUGAGUUCAGGUGUCUGUCUCCAGACUCUCCUCUACCACAAUACCUACAACAUUACCCAGAACCAACUCUGUUUAUGGCAAGAAGCAGAUCAUCGUCACCUGUAUCAGUAUUGUCAGAUUUGGAAUAUGAAACGGAGUUAUUCUCAUUUACCUCAAUGCUUUUUGAGGACAGACCUGAUUCAGUAGCAUCUGUAGAUGACUACAGGGCACUGUCACCUGACUCACCCAUACCGGAGUUUAGACAGAAUUUACUUGAAUAUUUUGUUGAUUGUAGAUCAUCGUCACCUGAGUCCGUGACUUCAGAUAUUGAAUAUGCAAAUUCACCAUCAGAAUCAGUCAUGCGAGUGCCAAUUUACAAAUUUGUGUAUGAUGCAGAUCGUUGGAAGCUGAUCUCUCCAAUACAUGACCCCCAAUAUGUAGGAGAAACCUUUGCUAGUAAAACAGGUAUGUUUGAGUAUUGUGGGAGUACAAUAGAGUAUGUACAGAAAUCAGAACUUCUAAGUCAAACGUUAUCAAACGAGAGUGGGUUAAGGUCAGAUUCUCCUGAGUCAGUGAAGUCAAUGGAUGAGCAUAGAUCUUUAUCUCCAGACUCACCAAUUCCACAAUAUUUACAAUAUUUCCCAGAACCAGUAAUGUUUAUGGCCGGAAGCAGACCAUCGUCACCAGAUUCAGUGAGUUCAGAAGAAAUUGGACAUAUGCUAUCUGAGGCUUUUUCCUUUUGGCAGAGACCAGGCUCACCAGAUUCAAUAGCAUCUGUAGAUGAAUACAGGGCGCUGUCACCUGAUUCACCCAUACCUGAGUUUAGACAAGACUUACCUGAAUCUGUUACAUAUUCUAUUGGAUAUAGAUCUUCAUCACCUGAAUCAGUGACAUCAGAUAUUGAAUAUGACCUUUUCAUUUCUGAGGUAUUCUUUAUUGAAUCAAGACCAGACUCACCUGAGUCAAUCGUGUCAGAUACAGAGGAAAGACCCCUAUCACCUGAGUCUUUAUCAGAGUAUUGCCCCAUGUCGCCUGAAUCAGUCAUGCUACUGACAAACGUCAGAUCGUCUUCUCCUGAAUCUACAGCAUCAGUGGAUGAGUUCAGGUGUCUGUCUCCAGACUCUCCUCUACCACAAUACCUACAAUAUUUCCCAGAACCAACCAUAUUUAUGACAGGAAGCAGAUCAUCAUCACCUGCAUCAGUAUUGUCAGAUAAAGAAUUUGAAAAUGAGUUAUUCUUGCAUGCCUCAAUGCUUUUCGACGACAGACCCUCAUCACCUGAUUCAAUAGUAUCUAUAGAUGAAUACAGGACACUGUCACCUGAUUCACCCAUACCUGAGUUUAGACAGGCGUUACGAGAGUCUAUCGUUUCAAUGAUUGGAUAUAGGUCCUCAUCCCCUGAAUCAUUGUCAGGAUAUGAAACAGAGUCUGAAACAGAAUUCGCUCCUCUGAUUUCUGAGAUUGAAGAAAGACAAGACACUCCUGAUUCAACAACAUCAGUAGAUGAGUUCAGAGCUCUGUCACCAGACUCCCCAGUACCCCAGUACACACAGCACGGAACUACUACACUAAUAGUGACAGGGAAUAGAUCAGCAUCGCCUGAAUCAAUAUGCUCAGAUAUGGAAUCUGAAACUGACUUAUUCUUACAUACCUCAAUGCUUUCUGAGGAUAGACCCUCAUCACCUGAUUCAAUAGCAUCUAUAGAUGAAUACAGGGCACUGUCACCUGAUUCACCCAUACCUGAGUUCUUACAUGUAAUACCUGAAUGUGUUACAUCUUCUGUAUAUGGAUAUAGAUCAUCAUCACCUGAAUCAGUGAUUUCAGGGACUUCGGAAGUUGAAGACAUAACUUCUGAGGCUUUUGCAUUUUGGCAGAGACCAGACUCACCUGAAUCUACAGCAUCAGUGGAUGAGAAUAGGUGUCUGUCUCCAGACUCUCCUCUACCACAAUACUUUGAUUAUUUCCCAGAACCAACUCUGUUUAUGGCAGGAAGCAGAUCAUCGUCACCUGCAUCAGUAUUGUCAGAUGAUGAUUAUGAUCUUUCUGACAUCUUCUUGACACUCUUUUCAGAGAGAGGUAGACCGUCAUCACCUGAAUCAGUAGCAUCAGUUGAUGAAUACAUGGCGCUUUCACCAGACUCACCCAUACCUGAUUUUUGGCCGUCAUUACCUGAAUCUAUUCCAUAUUUUAUUGGAUACAGAUCAACUUCACCUGAGUCAAUGUGCUCAGAUAUGGAAUGUGGGACUCUGCCCUUAAUGUCGUUAUUCUAUGAAGAUAGACCCCGAUCACUAACAUCAGUAUGGUCAGACAACGAAUGUGAGCUUUCUGAUAUUUUUUUAACAAUCUUCUCAGAUAAAGAUAGGCCUUCAUCUGAAGCUUUUGCCUUUUGGCAGAGACCAGACUCACCGGAGUCAAUCGUGUCAGAUACAGAGGAAAGACCCCUAUCACCUGAGUCUUUAUCAGAGUAUUGCCCCAUGUCGCCUGAAUCAGUCAUGCUACUGACAAACGUCAGAUCGUCUUCUCCUGAAUCUACAGCAUCAGUGGAUGAGUUCAGGUGUCUGUCUCCAGACUCUCCUCUACCACAAUACCUACAAUAUUUCCCAGAACCAACCAUAUUUAUGACAGGAAGCAGAUCAUCAUCACCUGCAUCAGUAUUGUCAGAUAAAGAAUUUGAAAAUGAGUUAUUCUUGCAUGCCUCAAUGCUUUUCGACGACAGAGCCUCAUCACCUGAUUCAAUAGUAUCUAUAGAUGAAUACAGGACACUGUCACCUGAUUCACCCAUACCUGAGUUUAGACAGGCGUUACGAGAGUCUAUCGUUUCAAUGAUUGGAUAUAGGUCCUCAUCCCCUGAAUCGUUGUCAGGAUAUGAAACAGAGUCUGAAACAGAAUUCGCUCCUCUGAUUUCUGAGAUUGAAGAAAGACAAGACACUCCUGAUUCAACAACAUCAGUAGAUGAGUUCAGAGCUCUGUCACCAGACUCCCCAGUACCCCAGUACACACAGCACGGAACUACUACACUAAUAGUGACAGGGAAUAGAUCAGCAUCGCCUGAAUCAAUAUGCUCAGAUAUGGAAUCUGAAACUGACUUAUUCUUACAUACCUCAAUGCUUUUUGAGAAUAGACCCUCAUCACCUGAUUCAAUAGCAUCUGUAGAUGAAUACAGGACACUGUCACCUGAUUCACCCAUACCUGAGUUUAGACAGGUAUUACGAGAGUCCAUGAUUGGAUAUAGGUCCUCAUCCCCUGAAUCAGUGGCUUCAGAUGUAGAAUAUGCUCCACUCAUUUCAGAGUCCUCCUCUGUUGAAUUGAGACCAGACUCACCUGAAUCAGUAGCAUCAGUGAAUGGACAUAGGUCUUUUUCACCUCAGUCACCAGUUCCACUAUUUACACCGAUCGCACUUGGGUCUAGCACAGUAGAAACAGGAUGUAGGUCUUCAUCUCCAUUAUCAAUAACAUCAGACACGGAGUUUGACUUGGUAUUUUCUGACAUUGAGGAAACAGUGUUGCCAACCAAAAGUCUCAUUCCUGAGCAUGUUUCCCCAUCAGAAAUAUUGUCAAUAGAAGCAACAGAACAGAAACCUAAGGCUGCUUCAUCAGAUUCACCUGUACCUGGAACAGCCAUGAUGGUGGAAGAAUACAAUCUGAUGUAUGAUACAGAGCUUUGCAAGCUGAUCUCUCAAAUUCACGACGCCCAAUAUGUGGGAGAAACCUUCUUGAGUAAAACAGGCUUCUUGGAGUAUACUGGGAGUAGCGAAGCAUAUGUAGAGACUUCUCCUGGUGAGGAAGACGUUGCUCGAGGUAGCACAGACGUCAGUCCAGAAGCUGUACCUGGUCCACAAGUGGAACCAGCAGCUACCACUGAAACAGCCAAGAUCGAUCAGGAUGUAGCUUUGACUGAGAGUAUAGAGUGCAUACAGACUUAUCCAGAGGAGAGAGAAGUUGCCCGAGGUAGCACUGAGAUCAGCACAGAAGCUCUACCAGAUUGGCAAGUGGAACCUUCAGAAACUACAACUGAGACAGUCAAGAUUGAUCAGGAUGUAGCUCCUACUGAGAGUGUUCCAAGCGUAUCUGAUAUAGUUUUACCUGAAUCACUAGCAGCAGAAGUAGUAUCGGAGUGUACAUUUGAAACAGGUCACAGAUCAGCUUCCCCUCACUCCAAAACAGACUCUGGAGAUGAAUGGGUCAUAGUGUCUGUAUCGGAGACUGAGGAUAAGCCUAUAUCACCCGAGUCAUUACCUGACUGCCGACCCAUAUCACCUGCAACACUGGUGUUAAAGGCAGAUGUUAGAACGUCAUCGCCUGAAUCUGUGUUAUUUGAGAAACAAGUUGAGAAGGAUAGACCGCUAUCCACUGAGUCUGUUGAAUACAGAACCAUGUCUCUAGAAUCAACGAUGUCAAUGGAUAAGGUUAGAUCAUCUUCACCUGAAUCAAUGCAUGAGAUCAAUGACAAUAGAUCGCUUUCUCCAGACUCACCAAUCCCUCAGUAUACAAGAUCAGGUGUGUCAGGUAUUGAUUCAUGUAAUAUGGAGUAUGCCACCAUAGAACACAGGUCAUCAUCACCUGAAUCCAUGACCUCUGGCUCUGAGUAUGAGCUAAUGGUCAUAUCAUCAUCAGCAUUAGAGAGUCGGCCAUCCUCGCCUGAUUCUCUAGAGUCAGUCGGCAGGAAUAGACGGCUAUCGCCUGACUCACCAGUGCCUGAGUUUAUGAGGAUAUUAUCUCAGUACUUCAUGGAACCCCGGGCCCUUAGUGAGAGAACGUCUUCGCCUGAGUCUGUGUCAUCAGACACUGUAUUCCUAGCUUUACCUGUCGAUUCUUGGGCCGAUGUCCACCGAAGGCAGUCGUCUCCUGAAUCAGGUGCAUCAGAUGAAGAGUUGAGUUUAGUUAUUACAAGCACAGAAGCAAUGACAUUUAAAGCAGGUGCGUUGAGUCAUGUGACAUCUGUAUUAAAGUCUGAGCGUGUCCCAAUGUCGCCAGAAGAAAACACAGUGGGUGUUACUCUGUUGCCAGUCCCAGCUACUAAAUUUGAAAAAGAGCAGGGACAAAUGAGCACGACAGAUCAAGAGUUACCAAGGGUCAGUGGGCUAGUAGCAGAAAUGGUUAUCACAUCCACGGAACAGGCACGGACAAAGCGUGGUUCGGAGCAUGCUGAAACCAUCCCAACUCCCCAAGCCACUAUGGGUUUGGAAAAUGUCAAAAAGGUCCAGAAAGAUGUCCAGGUUAAGCAACAACCAGUGAAGGUCAAGGACAGAAGUGAGGAAGAAGUAGAGGUCCUGCGCCUCAGUGCUGAUUCAAUAAAGACCCAGGAUGCCCCACAGAGGGCUCCGUCUCAAACAGCCAAGGAAAUACAGUUGAAGACCAGUUAUGGGAAAAUGCAAAGCAAAUUAGAGUCUACCUUGGUAACGGAAAGUACUUUACAUGAGCAAAAAGCAGUAUUAGACUUGAGUCAAGAAACAAGCAUAUCAGGUCUGGUAUCACCUAAGCAGACAAAGACAGCCACAGGCUACAAACCUCUGAUAUCAACCCCAUUGCAGAUCAGUGAACAAUACCCUUUCACUACCCAUAGAGCAGUGACACCUAAACUAAAGGUACUUGACUCUGCCACUCAGGAAUUCUCAGACUGGAGUGAAUUUACACAAGAGGAAUUCGAGGAGACUCAUUCGGGUGAGUUAUUUUCGCCGAUGUCAAGCCAAUUCCUGGUGCCACCAGAUUACGAGGCCCUAUUUUCUGGACGCCACUCUCUGAGAGUCUCCGAGUGUAGCCAGUUGUCCCCCACUGAUAUGAGUCCAGUUUCUCCGGUCUUCAGCGACCCUCAGUCAGAUAAUUGUCAGGUCACAACCACCACCCUGAUGGGUCCUGAGUUCGCUUCAAAGUCUGCUACACCUGGAUCUGCAGAAGCCUUUGAAUUCUCGCCAGACUUUAAGCGAGUGAUCGGCGAAUUUGAGAAAACACUCUCUUCAUUUGGGCCAGUUGUCCAAUCAGAUCCCGCCCAAGAAAAUUCUGACCUGGAGUUCUUUGACUGCAAAGAUGAUUUCUCAGACUUCUCAGAGGCAGAGGAUCUGGAGCCAGAGGAACCUGAGGUCCUCUACCACAUCGAGGAGCCUCCAUCCCCAACCCCCUUCUGCAGCACUCUGGAAACGGGCUUCCUCAAAGGAAGCCCUGUAUGCAGCGCACAGUUCCUACGGGUGGAUGACCAAAAUCGCUUCUCUUUGGGUAGUGAAAGUCUUGGAGACUAUGGCAUUUAUGACGGACCAGAAAGUGAAAGUGAAACUGUACCCACGUGUGAGGAGCUACCCUCCAGGUCGCAGGCAGGGUACGAUGAUGAUGAAUACUCUCUGGAACGGGAGAUAAAUGAGGAGCUAGGGUUGCUGUCAUCGGAUAGCUCAGAGGAGGAGGUGUUGACCACCAGGGUGGUCCGACGCAGAGUUAUCAUCCAGGCGGAUGAUCUGCCAGACAUCCCUCCGCAAACAGUGACAGAGGAACAGUACAUGGAUGAGCAUGGAAACCUGGUAGUCAAGAAGAUCACGCGGAAGGUGAUCCGUAAGUACUUCUCUCCAGACGGCGUGGAGAGAGAGGAGGUGACGGUGGAGGGAUCUCACCAGGAGAUGGUCAGUGUGGAGGAAGGAGACGGCUUCUCCAAGGUAGUGAAGAGGACUGUGGUCCGGAGCGAGGGAGAUCAGACCGAGUUGACCUUCUUGGAGCCCUUGGCCCUGGGGGCCACCACGGCCUCAGACUUCGAGUCAGAGCAGGUGCAGGGUCGAAAGGUCAGCAAGGUGGUCAAGACGACGGUGGUGAGGGGCGAGAGGAUGGAGAAGCAGACGGGUGACUCAACGCUGGCCGCAGACCUCCCCUCGGCCAAGGAGGACUUUGAGAAGGCGUUGAGUUAUGCUGGAGGCUUUGGAAAAAUCCAACUUCCUCAUUUAGUAGAGAAAGAGGUUGUGCAGGACGACGGUUCUGUGGUCAAAAGAACCCAGAUGCGUAAGUCUCGUACCCAGAAGAGGACUGUGGUGAAAGACGCCCAGGGUAAGCAUGUGCUCCUGGAGCGGCUGGACGACACCCCAGAGACCCUGCAACCCGAUGCCCUUCGGCAACACCUGCACCUGCUGCUCCAACGCUAUUGUGCCAAGGAGGAGGAGGAAGGAGAGAAAGAGGAGGAGAAGAGAAAGAAGAAGUGAUGGGCUGAUUUGAUUUGCUGGCUGAGUUGUUCUUCUUCCCUUUUGGCUCUGCCCCCAUGCUACAUAAGCCCCCUAUCCACAAAAAGCCUAUGAAGUCUUGUAAGCUCACCCCUGAUCUUUACCUUCCACAGACAUCUCCCGCUAAAGACACUGGAUUGCGUUUUUGUUUUGUUUGUUGUUUUUUUCCCUUUUGUGGCAAAUAAUGGAACACUUUUUGUUUUUGUUAUUUGUGCUUUCACUUUUUUUGGGGUCGUUUUCCUUUUGACUUUUCCUGUUUUAUUUGCUCAUUUUGUGACCAAAGAUAGUAUCCCCUUUCUCAUCGGGUUACUUAGAAUAAUAUUUGGUCGUUAUCCUUUUUUUUGGGGGGGGGGGGGUUCUUCUAGUUUUUGGCUGCUGUGGUACAAUAAACAACUACGCAAACAAAAUGCAACAAAAAGAAAACAAAAAGGGAAAACGAAUAAAGAGGGGGCACCUCUGACAUUCGCCUCAUGCACAGGCAUCUUCCUAAAGGAACGAUUGUAAACAUUUGUAAAUAAAGGAGAAGAAACAUGCUCGGACUGGGAGAAAACGAAACGAACAGCAAUUCAAAAGCAUUUAUUACAUUUCCCCCCACGGUAUAUGCUGUACACGUAUGUGCACCAAUCAAAAUCGCUCUUCUGCUCUGAGGUGAAGGGUCAUAACAAAGUUGAUCCUUUUCGCCCCACUAGGAGUCACUUGUCACAAAGAGUUUUGGAAAGAUACUGUAAAAAUGGAGGAAAUUCCAUAUUCUUUCAUCAAGGACAAAUACGUGAUCUGAACCAACAUUUUACUGAAGCAAAUCACCCUCAUAUAACCCUGCACUACAGUUCUGUAGUGCUGCGCGAUUAAACAAAAUGUUGGUUAUUUUUUGUAUUUUAAACAACUAUUUGACUGUCGGUUCAAUUAUUUGAAUUCCAUUUAGUUUGGGAUUUGUCUGAGCUCAGUGUGCACAUUGCGCUGUAAUUUCUCUUGCAAUAAAUCAGAUCAUGCCUGAACUGUGCGAUGUAGUAGAGAGUUGUAGUUUCCAACAGGCCAACGUUCUUUCUAGUUUAGCAACGAAAACGUGAUAAUUAACUACAAUGACCAUAAUCCAUUGCACGGCUACUUGCCCGUUCUUCCGGGAUCAGUUUCUUCACAAGGUAUCUCUACCUGAAAAUACCUGAUGUAAGUGAUUAAUACAGUAGUUGGUAUUCAAGCAGUCAUAAAAGUAUGCCUUAUUUACUUUGAAGAACUACUAAAAUAGUGAUUUUGUCAGACAGAGAGAGAGAGAGAUGAUGACUUGGAAUGAAAUAAUAAAGUCAUCAAAUAAAACAAAUGUAAUAUACGCAACAAGUGAAAUAGUUUAUUAAAUCGUCAAUCAGCAGUAGAAACAAUUACAAAGAGUGUCCUCCCAACCCUGUUUUGGUAAGAAGCUGAGGGAUGGGGCUGGAAAUUUUUUACCUCUCUCAAAUGCAUAGAUAGAAUUAUGGAUUCAAUAACUGACCAUCCCUGAUAAACACGUUUUUUUCACCAUGUUUUGAGGCUAUAUAGUGCUUGUUUAAAUUUACAUUGUUUACAAACGUUGGAGUAAAACAAGCUUACAUUUUGGGUUCUGAUAAGGUACGACAGUUGAACUAAGCUCAUGAGACAUUUAUAAGUUAUUAUUCUUCAAGAAUCAUUGGGUACAUAUCAGUCAUUUAUAAGUCCAAAAAUGAUUAUUGCCCCUUUAAAAGUAAUGUAACCUGAGAAACUGAUGGCUAAUAAGUGAUAAGCUGUAAUAGGCAGUCACUACCGUCACGGGACAUUUUUAAAUGGUUUUAUUUGUUGCAGCAUUCAAACCACAUAAUGCAUAGUGCAUUUAAUGUUUCAAAAUGUAAAUUGAUAAUCGAACCGAAACGACCUCAGAAUGCAAUAAUCGCUCAGCACUUACAGUUCUGUUUUACAAAGGUAGCUCAAGCUGGUUAUGUGUGCGAUGUGACGGCUUUUUUGACCGGUUUUGACCACACACUUUCAGCCCCCACUCCCAUUUACUGUCAUUGUGUAUCUUUUCCUUCACACUAUAUCUAUCCCUCUCUGUUUCUGGCUUUCUGAUGUGUUCCUUCUGAGCAGUGCAUCAAGACUGCCGCCACCUCUGUGCGUGUGAACGCAUGCCAGUGUGUGUUAGUCCAUAGAAUCCUCACUGACAUUGGGACCGGCCAUUUGCGAUCCGGAAUGUUCUCGUUUCUUGUCUUUCGUGUAUGAGCACUUAUCCGAAAUGACUGCACCUAUGGGUCAGAACACUAGGUACGCCCCCCCCCCCAAGCUUCAAUCGUGUUUGACAUCUCACCCCUGUUCAUUUUACCCCAGUGGUACAUUACUCAUAUGAAUGUCUACAGUAGCUUUGAUUAAGCCUGUUAAGAUUGUACAAGUGAGGAUGGGGACAGAGAGAAACACCACAGAGACAGUGUGGUGUAGUCGUUUUGUUUUAUUUGCUGUUGAUUUGAUUUCUUCUGUUGGUAUCAAAUGGUAUCAAAUAAAUGGGGAUAAUCUCAAAAGAUUGGCACAUCUUGUUUUUGACAGAUUACUUUUGGUCUGAUCUGCUUCCUGUUUACCUGUGAUGGUACCAUGGAGAUGGAAUAUCCUUUAUGUAAAAACAUUAUUAUUUUUUUAAUUGGCUUUGUUUAAUUUUGAUCAGUGCUCUGAAUAUUGCUAGAACCUUUUCAAAUGCAUUAUUUCUCACUCAGUGGAGUUUUCCUUAUUUAAUCUUGUCUGAGGGCAGCUAUGUGAUUGGUUGGAAGGCCUGGGGGAAGAGCUUGUGACAGGCGAGCGUCAAGUAAGAAAAGUUAGGGAGGUAAAUCGGCGGAUGGAUAGAUGGACGAACGUUAAACGCAGGUUGCGACACUCAAGGUCCCUGGUUUGAAUCCCCAUGCCUUGUUUUCUAACCUUACAUUCGAAAGUUUCUAACCUUCAUUUCGAAACUAACUUUCUUAUUUUACUUUCUAAUGUUAACUUCACAUUUCUUGCCUGAUAAUGUAUUUUGACUGGUGAGAUUGAGGGUUGGUGCCUUGGUGGCAGAGGAUGUAAAAGCCUCAAUUUACUGCCCUCAGAAAAAGAUCCACUGUAAAAUACCCCCCAUGCAAUAUCAAUAUGAAUGUGGCUCCCCACAGACUGAUCAGUUUUCUGGAGAUUACAUCUUUGUGUAUUUUCAUUUUGAUUCAGACUUUGAUUUCUAUAUUUAUUUAUUGACUUCCAUCCGUGCUCUUCCUCUCCUCGACUUCGCGGAGCCGUGAAUGUUUUAUGCGUGCGUUGGCGUGAGUGCGAUUUGAAAUUAAACAAGGGAAUUGCAAUUUCAACUAUUUGACCGAUAAGUUGCCGGUGUACACAAGGCUUCACUUAAAAUUCUGAAAUGGUCUGGAAACCAUGACUGAAACAAACACAGAAACCAAAACAGAACCGACAUGGAUGUACUGUAAUCCUGGGCUGGCUGAAAUCAUUGUUGGUGUCAUUUGCAGUACGAACUAUAUCGAUGUAACAAUAUUACGGUUGCUCACUUUGUCAAUUUACUUUGUGUGAGAAAAAGUGAGAAAUAAAUUAAACAAAAGAAAUCUGUCAAACGUACCUUUGAUUCGAUGAAUCCGCAUCUUGUUUCCAUGGUGAUACUAUUAUACAUAAUAUAUAAAUAUCUAUGAGGGCAUGUAUUAGUUAUGAAAUGAAUAAACAGGAAGAAAAAAAACAGAAUUGCUAACAUGGCAUAGCAGCUACAGUCUGUACGUGGCAGAAAAUAAAAAUUGUACAUGUGUCAAAUGUG